AUGGCGCUUUUGAGCGAUACGGUCGUUUCGAGAAACAAGAUGGCGGCGACCAUGUCAUUUUUCCGGUCCUGCCUACGGUUUCUGGUAUUUCUGCCGAUUAUCUGCUUUUGCCAGGUUUUAUCAGACAUGGACCUGCCCGCCGGAGCCGCCCCUCCGCCCAACAUCCCCACCCUGUCCGUCUCAGUGGAACAUUCCUUUGAUCAAGGAAGAGACCAGACGUUCAGCCACCGCGGUACGAUAUCGUGGAAGACCAUGAGGAGCACAAGCGGUACCUACGUGCAGGGGGCACCAAUGUCAGAACAGGACAGGAACAGGCUAAAGGUUUUAGCAGAUGCAGGCGGUUUUUAUCGUAUCCGGGUCCCAAACAAGUUUGGUCUGAUCGGGGACAGCAGUGCAGACUAUGUCUCUACACUCGUCAGAGCUGACCUCCUGUACUACUCGUGUCUGUCUGACAUCGUCACCCUGAACAUCGACAUGCUGGGUCACAUCAUCGGGGUUUCCAUGGCAACGGUUCCCGAGGGCUGCGAGGGGGACGAGGUCGAGACCUUUGACCUCAGCUUCUUCAACACGACGGUGGAGAUCGCCCAGCCCGUGGCGGGGCCAGUCCCAGAGACACAGGCGUACAUCCAGAAGAUUGAACAGGAGCGAGCUGAGAAGGAGAAAGGUCAACCUCCGGAGCAGAGGUCGUUCUUCGCUAAAUAUUGGAUGUACAUCCUCCCCAUAGUUUUGUUCCUGAUCCUGAGCCCAGGCCAGCCUGAGGGUGGGCAGGGAGGCGGCGGCCAGGGAGGUGGCGGCAGAGGAGGGAACGGCGGAAGUUAGAGGAUCUUAAAUGUGUCAACAGUAAUGUAAAUGUAUGAGUAGAAAGUUUUGUGGAAGUCGAAGAAAAAAAGUUAAAACUAAAGAUACAAGUGCAUUUCUAUGAUCUUAUGCAUGUGAUAUGUUUACUGUUAGCAGUACAUGUGAAAUAUGUGAAGUAACAAAAUUUAAUGUGAAAUAAGAUGAUUUGAUUUGUAGAUAUUUUACAAAUAACUUUGUUACUCACAUGUACUGUGGGUUUGUGCGUGAUGAAACAAUAGAGUACUAGUGAAUAAAAGUAUUCAGAGAAAAAUAUAUUAAAAAAUUGGUCAUAAGCUGCCAAAAACUACUUCCCUGCUAUAUUUCAUGGGCUUCAUCAGUUUUCUCUUAUGAGAAAGAAAAGUACAUUACCUUAGCCAUAUGAUCGGUAAUGACUUAGAGAGUGAUCGUGAUCUUGAAGAUAGAAGCAGUGUACAGUAUUUACAGGUUCAUGGUACCGGAGAAAUUCCCUAGCUCUUUGUCAAGUACAUUAACAUACAAUGGACCAUGACUUACAUGUAAUGUCCUGUUGUAAGGACUGCAUGUAGCAUGUAGCAUGUAAUGAAGUUGGGCAGGCAACAACAGCCAGGAUUCAAACUCCCAACCUCUUGGUACAGAGGCGGGGUUUUGUUUUAUAAUUGAUGAUUUUCACCCAUGUUGUAUUUAUGCUACAAGGAUGUGUCAUUAUCAGGGAAAAACGUGCAAUCAUGACAACAGUCUGUUUUGUUCUUGUUUUUAUUUCCACAUCUACACAUGUUCCUGUAUCUGUAUAUUAGUACAUGUGCUAUCAACAACUUUAUGGAAAACACUGUACAAACUUCUAUACAUUAUAGUAACUACACUGUUUCUUCUAGUCUACAUUUACAUCCAAUGGGUUACAGAGACCCACAACUUUUAAAAACAGCUUGAAUUUUACAAGGGUGCCUAUUCCUGGGGGAUGUUGCAUUGCAGAUCUGUGUAGAUACAUAUUUAAGAGUGGUUUGAUAUAUUUGAUCUGGAAUGAUUGUGGUAGUAGACCUGAAUAUAUAUAUCCCAUGGACUGUGUUUACUACGAUUGCAGAGGGGGCAACACACUUCCAUGGGUGAUCAGGAUUGGGUACACAACAUUAUAGAAACACCAAGCCUUAGGAACUGUACAUGUUUAAGUGAUUUGUUUCUGUACGUUAUAGUACUGCACUGUUUCCUCUCAGCUCUACCACAGAGUGUA